AUGUCCGCUCCCGCCGCCGCCGCCGCCGCUGCGCCUGCUGCCCCCGCCAAGGCCCCUGCCGGCGACAAGCCCCAGAAGCAGAAGAAGGAGAAGAAGGCCGGCUCUGGUGGUCCCAACGGUGCCGUUGGCGCCGAGCUGAGCCCUCCUCCCGAGUUCUUCGCUGAGCGUAUCAAGAUCUUUGACGAGCACAUGGCCAAGUACAAGGCCUUUGUUGCCGAGCAGCCUCGCGUCCCCAUCACCAUCACUCUUCCCAACGGCAAGGAGGUUGAGGGCACUGCCUGGGAGACCACCCCCAUGCAGGUCGCCAAGGGCAUUGCCGCCUCGCUCGCCGACCGUGUCAUUAUCGCCAAGGUCAACAACCAGGAGCUCUGGGACCUGAACCGUCCCCUCGAGGCUUCGGUGUCGCUCGCCCUCCUUGACUUUGACUCUCCCGACAACGACUACGAGGCCCGCCAGGUCUUCUGGCACUCGUCGGCGCACGUCCUCGGUGAGGCCUGUGAGCGUUCGUACGAGGGCUGCUGCCUCGGCUACGGUCCCCCCCUCCCUGAGGGCGGUUUCUUCUACGACAUGGGUCUUGCCAACAACAAGACCAUCACUGAGGAGGACCACAAGCACAUUGAGACUGUCUGCCAGAAGACUGUCAAGGAGAAGCAGCCCUUUGAGCGUCUCUCGCUCCCCAAGGAGGUUCUCCUCGAGAUGUUCAAGUACAACAAGUACAAGCAGCACUACAUCAACGAGAAGGUCCCCGACGGAACUGAGUCGACUGUCUACCGCUGUGGUCCUCUCAUCGACUUGUGUCUUGGUCCCCACGUGCCCCACACUGGCCGCGUCAAGUCGAUGGCCGUUACCAAGAACUCGUCGUCCUACUUCCUUGGUGACAAGGACAACGACUCGUUCCAGCGUGUCUACGGCAUGUCGUUCCCGGACUCGAAGCAGAUGACCGAGUGGAAGAAGCUCCAGGAGGAGGCCGCCAAGCGUGACCACCGCAAGAUUGCCAAGGAGCAGGAGCUCUUCUUCUUCUCGGACCUCUCGCCCGGCUCGCCCUUCAUGCUCCCCCACGGCAUGCGUAUCUACAACACCCUCAUGGCCUUUGUCCGCGAGGAGUACAACAAGCGUGGCUUUGUCGAGGUUGGCUCGCCCAACAUGUUCAACUCGAAGCUCUGGGAGACUUCGGGCCACUGGCAGCACUACGCCAAGGACAUGUUCGUCCUCAAGGUCGAGGACGAGCAGUUUGCCCUCAAGCCCAUGAACUGCCCCGGUCACUGUGUCCUCUUUGACGCUCGUGAGCGUUCGUACAAGGAGCUCCCCCUCCGCUUUGCCGAGUUUGGUGUUCUCCACCGUAACGAGGCCUCGGGUGCCCUCUCGGGUAUGACCCGUGUCCGCCGUUUCGUGCAGGACGACGCCCACAUUUUCUGCACUGUUGACCAGAUUGAGGGUGAGCUGCAGGGUGCCAUCGAGUUCCUCGACGCCAUCUACAAGCCCUUCGGCUUCACCUACAAGGUCGGUCUCUCGACCCGUAACCCUGAGAAGUGGAUGGGCGACCUCGACGUCUGGAACAAGGCCGAGGCCUCGCUCAAGGACGUCCUCGAGAAGAAGCUCCCCGGCAACUGGCACAUCAACGAGGCCGACGCUGCGUUCUACGGCCCCAAGCUCGACUUUGACCUCACCGAUGCCCUCGGCCGCAAGUGGCAGUGCGGUACCAUCCAGCUCGACUUCCAGCUCCCCGACCGCUUCGGUCUCCGCUACCGCGGCCCCGAGCUUCCCGGAGAGGUUGCUGGCUCGCAGUUCCACCGCCCCGUCAUGAUCCACCGUGCCAUUCUCGGCUCGAUCGAGCGUUUCAUGGCCAUCAUCACCGAGAACUGCGCUGGCAAGUGGCCCUUCUGGCUCUCGCCCCGCCAGGUUGUCGUCAUCCCCGUCUCGGUCAAGGCAUACGGCGCGUACGCCACCGAGGUCUGCGAGGCCUUGAAGGCUGCCGGCCUCUACGCCGAGGUCGACCUCUCGGACGCCACCCUCCCCAAGAAGACCAGGACAGCGGCCAUGAACAAGACCAACAUCAUCUGCAUUGUCGGCGAGGACGAGAUGCAGGAGCGCUCGGUCAAUAUCCGUAACCGUGACGACGAGGUGCAGGGCCGUGCCGAGACCAUCAAGCUCGAGGACGCCAUCACCAGGCUGGUCGCCCUCAAGAACAACCGCGACCGUAUCGCCGUCAUCAACUAG